ACCGCAUGUCCUUCCCGCUGUUUCACGACUUCUACAAAGCCAACACUUUUCGUUAUUGGGGGUUUUGUGCGCAGCCGAUCUCUGUGUGGUGCCCCCUAAAUUCACUCUCUUUCCCCUUCGCCUCAUCUCUCUCUCACAGUCUCGUGCUCAAAGUCCCCCCUCCCUGGUUCUCUCUGGUUUCGAUUGUCAUGUCGGGUUCCGGUGAAGAUUCAGGUCUCUCUUGCCAACAAGCUCAAUUCAAAUUUCAUUUCAGUUGUCAAUCUCACUCACAGAUUCAGUCUUAUUCACCUCAGACUAUUGUCCCUACGAAGCGCCGGUUUCCAUUCUCUCAUCCAAGGCUUCAUUCCUUUGCUUUCGCCUCCGUUCCUCAAUCUGAUGAUCAGAAUCGCCAUCCCGAUCUUCGUGCGAGUCUCGGGAGGGGAAGAAGCAGUGGUGGCGCUGAAGGAGAUUCUAUGAUUGCUAACAUUCCGUCAAAGCAAACAAAUGAAGCAGAUAAUCUCGAUCAGAUUGGUGAAUCGGCAACUCAUGGAGGACAGAGUGAAGCAGUUAAUGGUCCAGGUACACCUGUGCCCUGCACAGGUGGUAAGCAUUACCAUAAAUUAAAGGUUUCAAAGCACAGAAAAUCGGGGCCUCAAACUCCAGGGUCAAAUUCAGAUACCCCUUCUAAUAUGUUAACCCCAGCUGGCAGCUGUCGCUAUGACAGUUCGCUAGGGCUUUUAACAAAGAAAUUCAAUAGUUUAAUCCGGGAGGCCAAGGAUGGAACUCUUGAUUUGAACAACACGGCAGAUGUCUUGAAGGUCCAGAAGAGGAGAAUAUACGAUAUUACUAAUGUCCUUGAAGGAAUAGGUUUAAUAGAGAAAACAUCCAAGAACAAUAUACGUUUGAAGGGACUUGAAAUGUCAAGGCCUAAUGGGCUAGAUGGUCAAGUUAAUAGGCUUAAGGCUGAAGUUGAAAGUCUAUAUGAUCAAGAAUGCAGGCUUAAUGAUAGCAUAAGAGAAAAACAAGAAAGUCUCAAGGCCCUAGACGAAGAUGAAAACAGCCGGAAGCUUCUUUUUUUGACCGAAGAUGAUAUCACCAGCCUUCCAUGCUUUCAGAAUCGCACUCUUGUUGCAAUAAAAGCUCCCCAAGCAAGUUCCCUUGAAGUCCCUGAUCCUGAUGAGGAUGGCGAUUAUCCGAAUCGGCAAUUCAGAAUCAUUAUCAGAAGCACCACAGGACCAAUUGACCUGUACCUGCUGAGCGGUCACCAUGGGAGCUGUGAGGAUAUAAAUAUGAAGUGGACCAAAUCAGUUGGUUUAUCUAGGGGGAAUACCAAUAUUAACUUAGAAGAAGCAUCAGUUCAAAAAUUCCAUGAUGGAAGGCUAUCUGAGGCAUCAGGACAUUGCCAAGAUAAUAUAAAUACUUCUAGUUUAUCCAUCCCACAAGGAAAUGUGUCUGGGAUGCAGAGGAUUAUCCCUAUGGAUUUUAACAUUAAUGAUGAUUAUUGGUUCCAGUCAGAUCUUGAAGUCAGCAUUACAGAUUUGUGGGCGAACGAGGACUCAAGAUGAGAUAGCAAUACAUGCCACAGGAUUAACACAUCAUGUGCCAGUAAGUGGUGUUUUUAUACAGAGAAAUUGAGGUCAACCAUUGCAUAGAGAAGUCUUGAAUGUGUUGUACACUUAGUGUAAAAUUUUUGUAACAAGAUUGUUCUUUAUUAUUCUAUCAAUAAUUAAGGUGCUUCUUUCUUAAGUGGAAAAUUUUUGGUCAGGCAUUAAGACAUUAGCUGAAUCCAUUUCAAGUGCCUA